AUGACCUCCGGAUCUUCAGCUCAAGAUUUGGUUUCGCCAGUUGGCACCACAAGGCCGGCAUUCGUCAUAUCCAGCGCUGCAAUCAAUGCCAUACCAGUGGAGCUCGACAGCACCCCAGCUUCCGUUGACCAAGUUCGUGCUGCGCGCAGAGGCUCAAAAGCCAUGGCCUUGGACGCCAUAGAAGCUGAUAAGAUUGCGAAAUCGACCGAGGUUGAGAACCGUGAGCGACUCAUCUCGGAACGAAAGGACAAUCCUGCUGUGCUCGUCGAUAUUCCACAAACACCGCGUCCUGAAGAACUCGAGCAAUCUGGAGCGCUUGCAGAUAAUUAG